AUUGAAGCAUUUAUAAAAAAUUCCUGACGCGCGACAGUUGGGUGCCGUUGUGUGUGUGUGUUGUUUUUGCAAUUUGAAUAAAUUAAUAAAUACAAAAAAAUAAUUAAUAUAAUUUAUGUACAUAUGCAUACAAAAAUAAUAAAAAAAUAUGUGAAUAAAUCUUCAUUUCUGACGCUAAAAUUGGUGCAUUAAUUAAAGUUAAACAAAAAAAAAUUGAAUAAGAAAAAUUUGUACCGUCGUAAAGAAAAGAGAAAAAAAAAUUAAAUAGCAUCCUUAAUAAUGCGUCGUGUAUAGUUCAGUUUUUUUUUUGUAUCGUAUCUGUGUACAUGUCCUGUAUGUCAGCUCUUCUGCUGACAUCUUGAUGUUGAUGCGGGUGCGAUACAAUUCUCUGUAUUUUAUAUUUCUUAUUAUAUUCUACAAACAACUUGUCUGUUAUUUUAUAUAGUGUCAAGUAUUUUUACAAAAUAAAGAAGAAAAAAAAAAUAAAAUUUUAUACAUCUCAAGUGCUGUUUUGUGAAAAUGAUUGUGUCUUUUGUUGGGUUUUUUUAAGGAAAGAAUUUAAAAGUUGGCACACAAUAAAAGAGUAUAUAAGCACAAAAAUUUAAAAUAAAAUUGCAAAAAAAAUUGAUAAAAAAAACCAAUAAAAUAAUGACCAGUAUCAAUAAAACAACAAACUGAAAAACAAAAACAAGAAUAAGCUGAAAAACAAAAUCAACAAAGUAUAUAAAGUUACAUGUGCCAUAUUUGGGAUGCCAAAGCCCUAAUUUCGUUGUCAAAUUUUAUCAUGUGAUUCUUCUUCUCUUCUUAAUUCAACAUUUUGCUUCAAUUUAUUAUUUAUCAUUUGCCAAUGUUACUAGUUGAUGUCUAAUUUUCAAGUUGCUGCUUUUUGAAAUGAUGAUAAAAACGUCUAAAUUUAAUGCUUGUGAACACUCAUUAUAAUACCAGCAGUCCAUUUUUGAUCAAUUGCAAUAACCUGCAAUGCGGUACCAGAAAACACGUAAAAAAUUAUUUAACAAAAACAACAACAGCAACAACAACAACAUUUUUAACUACACAACAACAAUAGCAAUAAAUUUAUACAAUUAUCGACAAAAAGACGACAUAAAAGUACAACAAAUAUUUGAUACAUAAUUAAGCAACAAAGCAAAACCAAAAUCACAAAAAUAUUCUUAAUUUAUUUGAUUUUCAAAAGGAACGCUUAAACUAAAAACUAUUGGAAAUUACUAAGAUAAAGAAAAAAACAACAACAACAACUACUACUUAGUCUAGGCUAGACUAAAGUAAGGAGGAGAAAGUGUAAAUUAAGUUUAAGGUCAUGUUUGAAAAACGUUCGAUUUGGGGUUUAAUAGUGGGACUUAAUGUCUGCAUACUAAUAUGGUUGAUCUCAGUACAAGAGCCAGUUAUGUUUGAUAGCAACACAGCGGUCAUCAGUAGCGGCAGUAGUAAUAAUUUUAUAAUAAAAGCUAAUACAGGAGGAGGAGGAGCAGCAGUUGCAGCAGCUUUAGUGGCGCAACAACAAGUUAGUGCUGGUGGUGGCAGUGGUGGCUGGGGCAGAGAUCUAUUAUCCAAACAUAUGCCGGCCGCACAAAGUAAUGAGUAUGUAGAUGAAAUGACGGGGUCUGCCUCAACAUUAACCACCUUAAAUAUUAGCAACAACCAAAACCAAAACCACAAUAGCAAUAAUAAUAAUACUAAUAAUUAUAAUAAUAACAAUUUAACAGCAACCACAAAACAAACCUAUGAUGUAAAGACCACAACAAAAACUAGCGAUUUGUCGGCGGACAUGCAAUCACUCACCUCUAGUCUGGGCACAGGAGUGCUGGAUUUUAAAAUCAAACCUACACCAUCAUGGGCUACACUAACCGCUGUCUCAUCAGCACUGCCGCACGAAGACUUCAAUCAAUUGAUAGAUUUACACAACUUUCAAUUUCUCAUGCCCCAGCCUGUUUGUGGCAAUCACAUAGAAGCCUUAAUUCUAAUACAUUCAGCACCGAAAAACUAUGAAAAACGACAAGUCAUACGAGAAACCUGGGGCAGCAUAAGCCAUCAUACUGCAGAGUCUCCGCUACGUGUACUAUUCUUGUUGGGCGCUGUUGCCAGCCAGCAAGUACAAGAGGAUUUACAACAGGAGAAUAAUAUGUACAGAGACAUAAUACAGGGCUCGUUUAUAGAUGAUUAUCGCAAUAUGACCUAUAAACAUAUAAUGGCCUUUAAAUGGUUUCUGUACAGUUGUCCGCAGGCACAAAUUUUGAUUAAGGUCGAUGAUGAUGUUUAUGUAAAUACACCACAGCUAAUAAAGUACCUUAAAGAACAGCAGCAACAGCAGCAGCAACAGCUGAAAGAAAUGUAUAAUAAUGACAAACCCACCAUUGCUACAACAGUGACGACACCCAACACCACCAACAACACCACAACAAAAUCUUCAAUAUUUCAUAAACUCAACAUCUUUGCCUCCGAAACGCCAUCAACACCAGCCUCAUCCUCAUCUGCAUUUAAUGCCUCACAAGAACUCUUCAAUCAUCCACAAAAUUUAUUGUUUUGCCAAAAAAUCAUCGGUUCAUUGGUUAAACGUUCCUAUCGUUCGAAAUGGCGUGUUAGUUUUAAAGAAUACUCCGAACGUUAUUAUCCACCCUAUUGCCCUGGCUAUGCCAUUAUCUACUCACCCGAUACUAUCUUCCGUCUCUAUUCGGCUGCUCAAAAUUCCAAAUAUUUUUGGAUCGAUGACGUGCACAUAACCGGCGUACUGGCCCAACAAACGAAUACAACUAUAACCACCUCAUCACAUUAUGUACUGUACAGUGACGAAUGUGAUCAAAUUUUAACGGGCAAGACUGAUCUCAGUAAAACGGAAUUUCUAUUCGCCUGGCACAGUAUAUCAGCGCAAAAAAUCAAAUUACUUUGGCAUCUGCAAAUGAUGGCCAUACACACACUGGAUGAUUUGCACUACAGCAAACAGCAAAUGAUGAAUGAUGAUGAUGUCUAUAAAUUGCAACGGCAGCCAGGAAAUGAGAAUGAUAAUGAUGAUGUUGACAAUGAUUUAGUUGAUAAUAAUGGAAUUUCAUCAUCCUACAUGUAUACCUCUGCGAAUGGCUUCAGAUAGUAGCCUGGCAUUAAAAACUAAAACUCAAACUCAAACACACAGAAGAAACACACAAAAACGCUUAUAUUACUUUAGUCUGUUUUAAUUUAUAAGUUUAUUUUUUUUAUAAUAUAUCUCUAUAAUACACAUUUAUGUAUAAAUAUAAUUUAUGAUUUAAGUUAGUUUACGAAUUUUUAUAAAUGUUUCGUUUAAAAUUUGCUAUAGAAAACGAAAACGUGUGAAAAGAGGAAGGUAGUUCUGUAGUGAUUGGAAAGAGAUCAUAAUUACUCUAUAAAUUUCUCUAUAAGUUUUCAAAACUUUUAAAUUUUGUUUGAUUUGAGCCUGUGAGUUUUAAAAAUCAUACUUUCCCAAUAUUUUCUUUUAUUUUAAAGCUUAAAUUAAGCUAAGGAUUUUGAAUAAAUGAGCAGCUUAUUAAUAAGAAAAUUAUUCUCUUUCAACUUAUUUGGUUUUUGUAACAAAUAUUAAACGAAACUUGUUUAUUUUUUAAACUAUAAAUUAAAAACUACUAUGGCUUUAAUUAUGAUUUCCUUCUAUAUAUUUUUUUUGCGGAAAUUAAAACUAUAAACUAACACUACUCUACAGCAUAAAUUAUUUUCAUUUGUAAUACAUCUUUUGUAAAAACUAAAGGAUUUUGAAUACGAAUCUAAAAAGAAAAGUAUCUAUCCCCACUAGGGCCUAUUACAUCGGCCUUUUAAGAAAUAUAUGAAACAGUUUGGCUUAGUUUUGAGAGAUAAUAGUUUUCUUUAAAAGAUUCGCAUUCUAUAAACCAAAGUUUAUUACAAAAUUUAAAAUGCAAAUGAAGGUUCUGUAAAUUUUUUUGUUUAAAAAAAUGUCUCGAGUAGUGUUAUUAUUUAAUAAAUUUUAGUAUAUUAUACAAAAAUAAAAAAAAGAAAAUAAAGCAACAAAAUUAUACUAUACAUUCGACUGUUUUCUUCCAAAAAAAUACUUUAAUUAAUUAAAUACUUGUUAAUAUAUAAUAAAAUUAUUUAAAUCUAAGUUUAUUUUUACUACAUACAUAUUAUUAUUUUUUUUUAUAUAAAAAUUCAGUUGUUUCCUUUAAUCUCAGUUUGUAAACCUAGUAUAUAGUAAAAAAAUAAUAAUAAAACUAUUUCAAUAUUAAAUAAGAAACUUUAGUUUGUAAAAACCAAUCUUAUUCAUACUAUUGAGAUCCUAUUUUAAGUUAAAAAUACAUUUUUUUUUAAUAAAAAAAAAACAAAAAAGAAAAAAAAUUUCAAACAACCAAACAAAUAGUUUUUAAUAAUAAAUUUAAAUGUAUUAAACAAAAAUGGAGUCAAAUAAAAUAAAUUUUAAUUAUAUUUGCAAAAAUUGUUGUAAGUAAAAUAAAUGAACUUGAAGUUGGAAAUAAAUUGAAAUGUAAAUAUGUUUAUAUUGAAA